UGUAGACCAAUCGCAACAAAAAACGAGCUCUGUAGUUUCAGGAGGAGACUUUUCCAAGUCAACUGAUGGUGAUCUGAAAAAAUCUCAUUCACUUCCGGCCUCAACAACUGCGUCACCUCGGAAACUGUCCUCGGAUGUUUCCAGGAACCUUCCCCAAACCCCAUCAGCAUCAAAGAUACCUGAACUCAUGCAAAGGAAAUUUCCACCUUCAACAAACGUUACUCCAAUCCCUUCAGCUCCUUCAUCACCAACAGCUUCAGUUGCUUCGACCACCAUGCCUUCCUCUCUGAGACCUCGACUACCAAGGCAACAAUCUCAGGCAGACAAGCCCAGAGAAUCACCGCAAACUACCAAGACUGCAGUCUCUGAGAUUUGCAAUGCAGGCAAAAUACCCUUUGCAGAUCCACCAUCUCCCAUGCCAAAAGAUUUCCACAAAGAACCGCCACAGUUACACAUCCUGAAUCCCUGCGCACAUGAUGACGCCAAACUUUACAAAAGAAACCCUUACAUUGGCUUGUCGACUGGCCCUGAGUCAGGUCACAAAGUAUUGGAUUUUUCCGCUUCAAGUGAUAAGAACAAGCCUUCAACUGAGAAGGAUCUCCAAACAGAAGCUGUGAAACAAAACUCGGAGGUUGUUGACUUUUCCAAACCCAAGUUUAAAAGAUUUAAGGAAUCUGAAGAAAAUGUGGUCUUCACGAACAAGGUGGCUGUCGAUCUUACCAAACAGACGCAGGAGGAGAAAGAGGUGGAGUGGCAUGUUUCAGAUACUGCGACUAUUUUGAGAGCCUUGGAGACCACCUACGCAACAGUUGAUCAACGUUCCACACGUGAAGGACGAUCAUCCAGUCCUCAGACGAACGUCCGAAGACCGUCUGCAUCCAAAAGUCCUACAGUACCACCGGGUGCACAUAAUAACAAAACAUCUUCUGCCAGGAAAGAGACAAAUCAAGUGGAUUGUUUCACCCGGGCACCAAAAUCUGGAUCAGUGCAAACCAUACCGUCUUCUCCUCAAAUGGACCCAGUUCAAAAUCAAGUCUGCAUUAAAGAACAGCAACCAAAUUACGCUGUAAACGUUCAAUUGCAACAGCAGGUAUGCUUAGUUGCUGACUGGUCGUCACAGCAGACUCGUGUCGACAGCAGAAGAGAAACCUUUACGUCCACUUCCGGUCAAUAUAAUGAAAACCAUGAGAUCACCGCACCAGCAAACUUGUUCAAAGUCGUACUAGAUAUGUCUGUGAAGACAACAACCCAGCCAAAAUUGCAAAGUAAAGAGAGAAAUCAAGUGGGAUGUUUCGCCGCAGCUGGAUCAAUAUCAUUAGCAUCCCCUCCUCAAAUGAGCCCUGUUCCAAAGCAAGUCCACAUUGAAAAACGGCAACUGAAUUAUGCUAACGUUCAGAGGCAACUACAUGGACCCUUAGAUUCAGACUGUUUGGCACACCAGACUCGUGUCAACAACAGAAGAGCCUCGUUUACAACCACUUCAUAUCAGUCUCUUAAAAACCAGGAGAAGAAAAAAACAGUCAGUCCCGAGAGAAAACACACAAGUCCAACUCAUCAGGAGUCUCUUGACUUGUCAUAUAGAGAAGUAACAAAUGUCUUGGGACAUUCUCUCCCUGUUGAUUCUCAUGAAAAUAAUGAAAAAGAGUUAGUUAGGAGAGAGGAUAUUCAAAGAGAACACGACAGGGUCCUGUCACAUCCAUGGUGUUCUUUUGACCAAACCCCAGAGCAAGCUUCAGCACCAGCCAAUUCCGUCAAGGCUGCGCUUGAUAUGUCUUCGAAACCAACCGACUUAAAAACAGUCGUACCCGAUACAAGAACGGACGACACUCUGACCAAAGGAAUUCCCUUAACCAGAGGAAAACAGACCGCCCGCCAGCUGGCACGAAAUCGUUCCAUUGGCAUUGCACUUGUCAAAGACCUUCCCUCUCAAGAAUCCCACGAGUGGAUUCAGUAUCAAGAACAGUCUCAACAAAGUACAGCUUUCAUCCCACCCCAGUUCAGUUAUUCAGACUCCAUAUCACCAGCCAUGGCUCUAGCAUCCACUUUAGUAAAUCCCACCAUGGGAGCUCCACUGGAUAUGUCACCCAAACCACCCCAGAACACACCGAUAAAAGACCCAGCAUCUCCUGCUCUUCUUGAAGCAGUUUCACUCAUUAAUAAGCCAAGUGCAAGAAUGAUGGCAAGGAAAGACUCUGUCGGCCUUCCACUCAUAGUCCAGCUAGAAUCUCCAUGCCAUAAAAUACCUCCUGCUGCACCUAAGCAAGGAAUGAGCCCCCUCACUGGACUCAACAGAGCAGAGACCCUGCACAGGCAGAUAUCCAACUGCCAUACUAAUGAAUUUCUGUCCUCCACAUACAAGCAAGUCCAGCAAGCAAACAAACCAGUGGACUUCUCUGCAAAAGAAAGCGUAAACAAAACAAACAUUUCCAGUAUUUACACCGAACCAGAAGCUGGACUCCCCUUAAAUUUCACUAAUCUCAAUGAAAGGAAAGAAUCUUUUCAAACAGAGCAAUCUGGGAGGCAAAGCAAAAAGAUGAUCCAAGGUUUAGUGGACCUGACCGUGGAUCCUCAAAGUAUUACCACAAAUAGUCCAAGUCAGAGUGUGAACGAUCUUACCUUGCCUGCUUUGUAUCAAAGCUGCCUUUACCAGCAACAGGAGUACAGAACAGCCAACACCGCUCAAGAAAUCUUUAAAUACUCACACCAUGAUCACACUACCACUCUGACUGACCUUUCAGGAACACAACUUCAAUUUGUAUCAAAGUCUGGCAUUCAAGCUACGCAAGACGGCUCAUCUUCAAACAGCACAUAUCAGCAGGCCCGUACAGGAGGUUUUGAAUCCCAGAAAGGUAAUCAAAUGCUUCCAAAUGGAACACAAAUCAGUCUUGAAGGCUACAGGACACCUAUAAAUUCAAUAGAUUCCCUACCUAUGGUGAGAAUGUUGCACACACAAGAUCAAAGUGUUCCUGCAAAAUCCAAAACUCUAAUGAAGCAGCCCACUGUGGGAAGCUUGGAAGAAAGACCCAUGCAAAGUGUAACAGGAAGUCCUCAAAAGCAACCCCUUACCCAUCAACAAUAUAUUCCAGAAACUAUCAAGAUCUCUCAGCCUUUGAAUAGUCAACUGUCCCCUUUAUCAGUUGUUAUUCAAGGAUCUGAAAAACAAAGACUCGAUAAUUCCAUCAACUCUGUGAAUACUCAAUCUUUGGGGACAAUUACACCCCCUCAACUAUCAACACAGCCUGAUUCGGGACGAUGCUCCUUCACUGCACACCAAAGUAAUGUACCAAAUGUACUUUCAAUUUCUACCAGUUCUACUCAUUUUGCACCAGGAUUUACAGCAUUUGUCUCACAACCAACGGCUGCAAAACACGAGCCUUUAAAGCAAACAAAGGAACAUGGUUUUAGACCUGAUCUUAAAACAGGUGAAGAGGGUAUCAGACCAGAACUACAAAGACAGGAAGGGACACCUUCACCCCAAUCGGGAUCCUCUUCUGUCAAGGGGUUGGUUUCAUUGUUUAGUGGCCUCGGUUCCCAGCCUCAUGUCAGUGGAAAACCAGCAAAAGGAACACCAGGUCCCACUAUAAACAGGUCUACACUCGUGGUUGUAAAAUCUCAGGGCACACCCAUGGAGAUUCUUAAUGCUGGCCAUGUUGCACAUUCUCCUGAUGUGAGAGUGUCAUCGGUAGUUAGUACCUUACCAUCUCAACCUGUAACCCCACAGACUGACUUGCCUCCUCUAUCAUCACUCAUUUCUGAAUCACACCACAAUGUCGACAUUUUAGCAUCCAGUGGCUCAAGCUAUCAAGGAUCCAUGACAUCAUCAUCCAAUGUCAUGGUUCAGCUAGCCCAGAAAAAACAACAAUCAAGCCUACCAAGUUCAGAAUCUUUACUGUACAAACUAGGCAAUAACAUGCCUUCCGAAGUUCCUCUCAAUGAAGGCACUUUAGUGGAACCCUCAUGUAAAUCUUCUGAAGACUCAUCUGAAGCUCUACCAGAGGAACCCACCAAAGAAUCUUUCAAUCUAAUUACUGGAAGUGACCAAUCGCAGGACAAAAUGAGCCUACCCAGGUCUAUCUACAUUGGCAUUAAUGCUACGGACAUGUCACCUGUUGAUAAACUGAUGGAUCCAAGUGAGCCAAGACCAUAUGUCAGACUACCCCAUAUAUUUAUCUCGGCCGCUAGUUCACCAGAAGACGAGUUGACUGAAGAAUCCAAAGAAGCCAGCACUGAUGAAGUUGCCACUGCAACUGCUGUAACCCCCACAGUGUGUCGGAAGUAUUUUGAACCUACUGAUGAAAAUAUAUCUUUGGAUGAUGGAGCUACAGAUGUCAUUAGCACAGAGACCACACCCUACUUAUCUGAGAGGUUACCACAAACUACAAUAAACGAUUUUACUGCAGAUGACCAGAGCCAAGGAAAGGAACAUUCCCUCACAGUAGCCUCUGUCUCAGAAGCUGAUCUCAAGGCAGAGAGCCUUGCUGUUUGUGAACCACUUGCUGAGAAACCUGUUACACAUUUGGAAGAAGAUAGAUCACCUAGUGAAUUGACAGCAGCAUCCCAAGAACCAGAAAAAGGUACACAACCUCCAAGUGAGGGCAAAAGAAUAACUUCAGAAGUUGAAUCUGAUGAGUCUCUCAAUAAAUUGACAGAACCACCGUCGGAUAUAAAACCUUCUGAAGAAGUCUCAGAACUUGAUGACAUAAGGAGAAAGGAUGUUCCUUUUCCUGCUUCUCAAGUAAAUGUUGUCAAAGAAACUUCCAACGAAGAUAGUCCAGCUGCCAAGCUUGAUCAACCGCCCAAUGAAGAACAAGGAACGAGUUUGUAUUCCAUGUUUGGCAGCUCUACUGCAAGCCAAGAGCAGACCGCUUCCCAGUCUGGGCAGUCCACACUUGGAAGUACUCUUCCCACUUCAACUUCCAAAGAUCAAGCUGGUACUGGAUUACUCUCAAUGUUUGGUGGGUCAAGUUCCCCAGUGUCCCCUGAAACCAAAGGACCGUUGCCUCAGUCAAUCCAACAAGAGCCACAAGGAAAAGGUCUACUCUCAAUGUUUGGUGGGUCAAAUGUUCCUUCUCCUGAAACCAAAGGAUCAACGACUUCUUCAGCCUUACAAGAACCACAAGGGAAAAGGGUUACUCUCAAUGUUUAGUGGGUCAAAUGCCUCAGUGUCCCCUGAAACCAAAGGACCAUUACCUCAGUCAACCCCACAAGAGCCACAAGGAAAAGGUCUACGCUCAAUGUUUGGUGGGUCAAACAUCCCAGCAUCCCCUAGAACCAAAGGACUGACACCCGCUUCAACCCCACAAGAACCACAAGGAAAAGGUUUACUGUCAAUGUUUGGGGGGUCAAAUGUUCCAGUCUCCAUUGGAACCAAAGAACCAUCUCCUUCUUCAACCCCACAAGAAUCACAAGGAAAAGGUUUAUUCUCAUUGUUUGGUGGCUCCAGUACUAAUUCACCAGCUGGAACAAGAAGCCCAACUGCAGGAAGUGUCCCACCAAAGGGUCCUCCACCUAAAGAACCUCAAGGAAAAACCUUGUUUUCUAUGUUUGGCGGACCUGCACCCCAGCAGGGGCCAAGUCCAAGAGGUCCUCCUCCAGCUAGGGCUGGAUCUGCUAUAUUCGGCAGCAUCCUCCAAGGUACUUCUUCCAGUAAAGAAAGCCCAGGUACAGGUCUGUUCUCCAAGCUUGGAGGUACCAGUGCCCCAGGUCAAAGUGGACCAAGAAUACCUGUAGCAGGACAAACAGCACCAGCAGGACUCAGAGCUUCAGAGCCCUCUGGAAAAGGACUGUUCUCAAUGUUUGGUGGGCAAAUCCAGCAAACUCAGACACCUGAAUCUGAGAGCGUUUUUAAAGUUUCUUCUGUGUUCUCGCUCGGUGGGAGCUCUGACGGAAACAAAACCAAAACUGGGUUUGGGAUGUUUGGAAUGUCUUUCACAGAGGAGUCCAAAAAGGAGCCACAAUCAGUUGUUCUUGGGAAGGAAGCUAGCAGCACAAGUGCAGAUGUAAAACCCCCAGAAACUAAAGAGGCUCACCUGACGGAGCCUAGCCCAAGUGAAGACGAAAACCCCCCAGAAAUGAAAGAGGCUGUUGAGACAGAGCCUAGCCCAAGUGAAGAUGUAAAACUCCCAGAAACUAAAGAGGCUCACCUGACGGAGCCUAGCCCAAGUGAAGACGAAAACCCCCCAGAAACGAAAGAGGCUCACCAGACGGAGCCGAGCCCAAGUGAAGACGAAAACCCCCCAGAAACGAAAGAGGCUGUCGAGACAGAGCCUAGCCCAAGUGAAGAUGUAAAAACCCCUGAGACCACAGAUAAGUCAGACCUUAAGCCUUCCCUUUCACAUCCAGAUGACAUUGCAGCUGAAAAAGAAUGUGAAGAAACCCAAGACUGCACCAAACAAACAUUUGACAGUACUGUUCAGUUAAGAGGAGAGGACACAACUGAUAAAAUUUCACCGUGUGCUGAAAAUGACUCUGGUGUAGGGUCAGAUACACAAAAGAUGAUCAGUUUACCAGAAAGUGACACUGUACACGAUAAAGUCAUGACUGCGUACAAUCAAUCGGACAACCAAUUGACUGGAGAAGGUGACAAAGAUGUUGGUGAAUCAGACAUGAAAGACGGUAUACAAAAAUCUGAAACGGUUAUGGAUCCCCGUCAUGAUGAUGCCAAACCCGACAUAAUUGUGGUGGAGCAUUUACUACCCAGUAUUGAAGACAUACCAAUUUCUGAGCAAGAGAAAAAACUGGACCCUGAAGGAGCCCCAGAGAUUCUCGGUGAAGAUGAAGAACCCCACAUAGAGCAAUCAAAUUUGAAUGCAAAAAUUAUUGGCGUGGAAAAAACAACAAGUAAAUCAUCUGAAGUUACUGGUGAUAAUGGUGUUACAGAGCUUGAGGAAGCAACUGUAGCCAAAGCAGAGGAACCCACUACAGAACCAAUUACUCCACUCCCACCCUUAGAAAAAUCAGAACCUGCACAGGAAUCAAUUAAGGAAGAACCUUUAGUAGAACCACCACUGGGACUAGGGCAACUCUCUAAUACUUUUGUUCCUGUGGUCUCGACAAAAGAUGAGGCCCGAGGUCAUGGAACCAACCCACCAAAAAUCAUGUCUGCAGAUAUGGUACACAUUGAGGCUCCACCAUUGGGUCCUGAUUUACCUCCACCACAGCCCACACCCAGGCCUCUUUCAGAUAGAACACCCGCCCCACCAAGACAAAGAAUGGGAGCACCAAGAAUGGGAGGUCCACUACAGAUUGGGGGACCGAGAAUGCCCGGGCCCAGACCACCGGGACCUCAUAAGCCCUCUGAGUCCACUCCGUUUUCGGGCUUCAUGUCAAUGUUCUCUAACUCGCCCAGCACGCCUAGUAAACCGGCAACUGUUGGAGGAUUCUUCUCGACCUCACCAGGUUCCCUCUUUGGCUCUUCUGCUCCUCGUCAAUCUCAAAAACCCCAACAAGCACAAAAAAGCUCAUUUUUUGGGCUCCCGAGUAGCAUUGCUCCAGAAUCACUUACAGGAGACAUUCUCGGUAUAUUGAAGGGUCCCGAAGCAGUGAAAACUGAGGAACCUCAACUUUCAUCUGAGAAGACUGAAGAACGGGUGAAGACCAGAAAGGACUCCAUCCCUGAGAAGAUUUUAGUGGAGGAAGCAGAACUGGCAGAAAAGAAAGAUGGCAAGGAAAGUCUAACCCCUGAACAAGAAGUGGAAGUGAAACUUGUAGAACAUGAAGAACACUCUGAGGUGUCUGAAAAAGCAGCGUCACUUCCUCCUCCUGAAGCCCAGGACCCUGCACCUGAGACCAAAACCACCUUUGAAAUACCAAACCUAUCUGCACCUAAAUUUGGCUUUUUAUCCAUCGCUGCUGAAGGAACAUCAUCAAUCGGAUCCUUCUUCUCGUCCUCUGCAUCUUCAACCAUGGACGCAAAACAAUCUCAGCCCCUACAGACAGAGGGGGGUCUCCUCUCUGGGUUUAAAUGUUUCUCGGCAGGCAUUUUCCAGGAUGAGAAGCAGCCAGGAAAGGAAGAACCAUCAUCGGUUUUUGACAUGAAACUUGGUUCGAUGUUCAGAACCUUUGAUCCUCCCAAGUCUGCUGUUGAGGUCACUGUCCAACCGCAGCCCCAAAGUCCGAAAUCCGCCAGUGAAGUAGACAAACUCUCCCAAGGUUCAAGAGACACAGAGAGUGACACAGAGAGUGACACAGAGAGUGACACAGAAGGACCGAGCGGGACUUUCAAAACCGGAGGUUCCGACAGCCUAGCCGAGUCACCGCAGACGGAACUUGCUUCCGAUUCUGUGUCCCUGGCAGAACAUUCGGAUGAACCUCAGGUACGAGUCAUCCCGUGUGAGGAAGAGGGCAGUGUGGCUACACCGCUGAACAGCGAACCUCUGAAGAACUUCCUGACGCAAGAAGCUACUCCAAGUCCGGCUCACAGCAGCCGCUUGGACUCUUCGGACAACCUUAGCCUGAGCAGCUCCCAGCUCGGCUCUGAACCCGAGUCGGGCUAUCCUUCGAGGGGACACCUCCACGUCCCUCUCCGGAGCAUCCAGCCGCCCACGUGGGACCAAGACAGGGCGGACACCACUGAGUUGAGGGACACCUCGGUCCAGGCAUCCAAAACCGUCUGGGACAACGACGAUAACAAGACCAGGACAGAUAUCAACGUGUUAGUGGACGAUCCUCCUCUGUGUUCUCCCUCAAAGAUCCGCUGGCUCAAAGCAUACUACAAAGUCAGGUCCAAGCACUUCCAGGGCCAAGAUGGCAAACCCGGCAGGAAGCUAUGGACCAAGCCAGGGGAAAACACACCGUUCGGCAUUGACAGCACGCCAGACCUCCGAAAAAGGAGGCCCAUUCCCCUUGUUAGUGAAGUGACCAUGAUCCAGUCCAGGAAGGCCGGCCUGUCCCAGACGUUGGCCACGCGGACCUCCCUCAAGGACAAAGAGCUUAAGUGCCACGUGUACAAAAAGACGCUUCAGGCUCUCAUCUACCCCAUCUCCUGCACCACGCCGCACAACUUUGAGGUGUGGACCGCCACCACGCCCACCUACUGUUACGAGUGCGAGGGGCUGCUGUGGGGCAUCGCCCGGCAAGGCAUGCGCUGCGCCGAGUGCGGCGUCAAAGUCCACGAGAAGUGUCAGGACCUGCUCAACGCCGACUGCCUGCAGCGAGCGGCCGAGAAGAGCUCCAAGACGGGAGCGGAGGACCGGACGCAGCACAUCAUCAUGGCCAUGAAGGACAGGAUGAAGAUUCGCGAGAAGAACAAGCCGGAGAUCUUUGAGGAGAUCCGCCGGGUGUUCGACAUGUCCAGGACGCUGCACGGACAGCACAUGAAGAGCAUCAAGCAGAACAUCCUGGCCGGAACCUCCAAGUGGUCAGCCAAGAUCAACAUCAACGUCGUAAGUGCGCAGGGUCUACAGGCCAAGGACCGUACCGGUUCCAGUGACCCAUACGUCACCAUCCAAGUGGGCAAGACCAAGAAGAGGACAAAGACCAUCUACGGGAACUUGAACCCGGUCUGGGAGGAGAAGUUCAGCUUUGAGUGCCAUAACUCGUCGGACCGCGUGAAAUUGCGUGUGUGGGACGAGGACGACGACAUCAAGUCGAGGGUGAAGCAGCGGCUCAAGAGGGAGUCGGACGACUUCCUGGGCCAAUGCAUCAUUGAGGUCCGCAUGCUCAGCGGCGAGAUGGACGUCUGGUAUAACCUGGAAAAGCGAACCGACAAGUCAGCGGUGUCGGGCGCCGUUCGACUUCAGAUCAGCGUGGAGAUCGAAGGCGAGGAAAAGGUGGCACCAUACCAUAUGCAGUACACCUGUCUUCAUGAGAACAUUUUCCACUUGGUGACGGAUGUGGAGGGCGCCGGCAUGGUCAAGUUCCCGGCGGCGCAGGGCGACGACGCCUGGAAGGUUUACUUUGACGAGGUGCAGCAGGAAGUAGUGGAUGAGUUCGCCAUGCGCUACGGCGUCGAGUCUAUCUACCAGGCGAUGACCCACUUCUCGUGCCUGUCGUCCAAGUACAUGCUGCCGAGUGUGCCGGCCGUAAUGAGCACCCUGCUGGCCAACAUUAAUGCCUUCUACGCGCAUCCCAGCGCCACCACCACCAAGGUCUCCUCACCCACCAGGUUUGCUGCCUCCAACUUUGGGAGAGAUCGUUUUGUCAAACUUCUGGAUCAGCUGCACAAUUCCCUGAGGAUCGACCUCUCCAUGUACAGAAACAACUUUCCCGGCAGCUGCAAGCCCCGCCUCCAGGACCUCAAAUCCACAGUGGACCUCCUCACCAGCAUCACCUUCUUCAGGAUGAAGGUCCUAGAGCUGCCAAGCCCCCCCAGGGCAUCGGCGGUGGUCCGUGACUGCGUCAAGGCCUGCCUCAACUCCACCUACGAGUACAUCUUCAACAACUGCCUGGAGCUCUUCAACCGCCAGUUCCAGACCACCCCCGCCCUUGAGCCAGAGAAGAAGAAGGAAAAAGUAGAGGGUGAUGAGGAGGAGGAAGAGGAGAAAGAGGAGAGCCAGCCUCCCGAAGACCAAGGGCCGAGCAUCCAGAAUUUGGACUUCUGGCCCAAACUCAUCACGCUCAUCGUGUCAAUCAUUGAGGAGGAUAAUAUUUCGUACACGCCCAUCAUCAACCAGUUUCCUCAGGAACUCAAUGUGGGGAAAGUCAGUGCUGAGGUGAUGUGGACGCUGUUCGCUCAGGACGUCAAGUACGCUCUGCAGGAGCACGAUCAUCAUCGUCUGUGUAAGCCUUCCGACUACAUGAAUCUUCACUUCAAGGUCAAGUGGCUCUACAAUGAGUACGUCUCGGAUCUUCCGGCCUUCGCCGACAGCGUUCCCGAGUAUCCUGCGUGGUUCCUGCAGUUCGUCCUGGCCUGGCUGGCUGAGAAUGAAGACGUGUCCAUGGAGUUUAUGCACGGAGCACUGGAGAGGGACAAGAGGGAAGGAUUCCAGUCGACAUCGGAGCAUGCGUUGUUCUCCUGCUCGGUGGUGGACAUUUUCACACAGCUCAACCAAAGCUUCGGGAUCAUCCGCAAGCUGGACUGCCCCGACCCCACUGUGCUGGCUCACUACAACAGACGAUUCGCCAAGACCAUCAGCAAAGUCCUGCUGCAGUAUUGCGCCCUGCUGGCCAAAUCCUUUCCAUCCUACUGCGACAAAGAGAAGAUUCCGUGCGUGCUGAUGAACAAUAUCCAGCAGAUGAGAGUCCUUCUGGAGAGGAUGUUUGAGUCCAUGGGAGCAAAGCAGUUUACCGUUGAGGAGGAGAGGUUGGAUAGUGAAGAAGAGGAGUUUGAUGAAGAGGCCAACAAUGACAAUGAAGGCUGUGAUGAUGAUGAUGACGUGUCGGGCUGUUCGGAUUCAGGAGGCUCGGAGAUGGACAACAAAGACAAGGAGGACAAGAUUGAAGAGGAAAAGUUGAAAUUUGACAAGGAAAAGUUGGAAUCUGAGGAAAAGGCUGAGAAGAAAGACAAAGAGAAGCAGUUGGACACGGAGGCUGCCGACAUCCUCAACGAGCUACAAAUGAAACUCAGUGGCAUGCUCGACAACUUCAGUGCCGUCUUUGCCAAAAGCUUUCAGAUGCGCAUCAAUGCCUGCAUGCAUCAGAUGUCCGAGCUUCUGUACCAGAUGAGGGGCCCCCCCAACCCCAACACGGCCGAGGGGGAUGCCGACACCAUGUUGAGACCGCUCAUGGAAUUCCUGGACGCCAAACUAAGCGUGUUUGCAGACGUAUGUGAGAAGGCAGUCCUGAAGAAGAUCCUGAAGGACUUGUGGAAGGCGGUCCUUUGUGGUCUGGAGAAGAACAUCGUGCUGCCGAACUGUAACGACAGCCUGGGUGCUCAGAUCCUUACUGCUGCCAAAGGACUGUCCAACCUCAAGGGUGGCGGCGGAGGUGAGGCAAAAAUGCUGACGCCCAAGCAGUGCACCGUGGUGGAUGCCAGCCUGGAGAGCCUCAAGCAAUAUUUCCACGCUGGAGGAAACGGCCUGAAGAAAUCUUUUGUGGAGAAAAGUCCCGAGUUGUCAUCGCUGAGUUACGCUUUAUCGCUUUACUCUCAGAGCACGGACGCCCUCAUUAGGACUUUCGUCAGCACGCAACGCCAACAAGUGCACAGCGGCACGGGCAUUCGAAUCACGGCCAAUGAGAAGACUCGACCUGAUCGAGGUUCUGGAGUGGAGAAACCAAUUGGCGAAGUCGUCUUACAGGUGGACGUCCUCACCAAGGACCGCAAAGUCAACGUCAAAGUGAUCAGCGUGAACGACAUUCGCUGGCAGACAUCCGGAAUGUUCCGUCCGUUCGUGGAGGUUUCCCUGCUGGGACCGGCGCUGGCAGACAAGAAGCGCAAGUUCACCACCAAGUCCAAGAACAACUGCUGGAGCGCCAAGUUCAACGAGAGCUUCCAAUUCGUUUUGGGCAAAGAGGGUUGGGAGUGCUGUGAGCUGCACGCGUCAGUCAAGGACUACUGCUUUGGCCGCGCCGACCGUGUGGUGGGCGUGGCCGUGCUGCAGCUACGAGACGUGGCCGAGCGCCGCGCCUGCGUCUGCUGGUGCCCCCUGGGUCCCGGCACCGCCACAGACCAGACCGGUACCACCGUCAUGCGCAUCCUGGCCCAGAGGCCCAACGACGACAUCGCCAAGGAGUUCGUCAAGAUCAAGUCGGAGACACGGCCCGCCGAGGAGGGCAGGUGAACGCGGCCCUCGCUUUAUCCCGGAACGAGGGACUUUAGGAACACUAUUUUGUGUGGUUCCGGCAACCGGGAGUACCAAAAACUAAAAGAUCCUGGAACUUCAGGCAGCAUUGGAGGACCUUGGUGUUUGGACCGCAGGAAUUAUUGCCUAAAUGUAGUUCUGGGUAACUUAUUGGGACCAAAAGAAGACCUUAGUAUGGGGGCAGUACUUCGGAGGUGGCCAGAACUUUUGGUUCGCUAACAAAUCUGACUGGUAUGUAUUACAAGAAUUCAAUGUUCCUGGAACUUUCAGUAGCUUUGAAAGACCAUUGUGUGUUUGGACCGCAGGAAUUAUUGCCUAAUUGUUGUUCUAGGCUAAUUUAUCGGGGCCAGAAGAAGACGCUGGUAGUGGGCUAGUACGUUAGAGAGGUCCAACAACUACAAGUACCAAGAACUAAAGAUUCCAGGAACUUUAGGUGGAAUUUGCAACUUUUAGAGGACUACUGUGUAUUUGGACCAUUUAAACCAUUUAAAAGUUGGUUACAGGGUAGUUUACCAGGGCUAAAAAAAAAUUACCUUCCAACACUACAAUUACCAAGAACUAAAAGUUCCUGGAACUUUAGUCUGCAAAUGUGUUUUGGAAAGACCAUCAUCCAGGUCCAUGAACCUCGAGGGCGGGCUCUGAACAUAUGCGAGUAGAACAGUUUAGUUCCAAGAACGACAAGUACCAAGAAAUAUAUGUUCCAGGAACCUUAGGUGAAACUAGGAACUUUUGGAGGCCCUUUGUGUGUUUGGGCUGCAAGAAUUAUUGUCUACACUUAUAUCUGGAGUAAUGUAUCGAAGCCGAAAGAAGACCUGGAUAAGGGCAAGGUAGUACUUUUGAGAGGUCCAGAACCUUUGUGCAGCUCUAAAGACCAGGAACUGCAAUUACCAAGAACUAAAAGUACCUGUAACUUUAGGUUGAGUGAAACUAGCAACUUUUAGAGGAUUGUCUAAAUUUAGUUUAGUAAUUUACCAGAGGCCAAAAGAAGACCUUGCUGUGGGGGUAGUACUUCCCAGAGGUCCAAGAACCUUUGGGGAGACACACACACUUAUGAUUAGAACUUUUCACUUCCAGGAACUAGAGGUUCCAAGAAGUAAAAGGUCCUGGAACUUAAGCAUAUGUUAGAACUGCAGGAAAUAUUGUCCCAAAAAUAUGUUCUGAACUAGUUCUUUGGGACCAAAAGAAGAGUCUGCUAAGGGGGGUAGUACUUUCAAGAAGUCCAGGAACCUUUAGGGUAGGCUUUGACCGUGCCCAGUUGAAACCGGGAACUACAAUUACCAAGAACUAAAAGUUCUAGGAAAUUUAGGUGGAGCUUACCUAUUGUCUAAAUUUAGUUCUAGGGUAAUUUAUCUCAGCAGAAAGACUAUUCUGCUAGAGAGGUAGUACUUUUAAGUCCAGGAACUACAAGUACCAACAACCAACUACUGGAUCUAUUGUCUACAUUUAGUUCUGCAGUAAUUUAUCGGGGCCAAAAUUACACAUUCCUCCUAAAUUACCAUCCUGAUGUUUACAAACAUUUUGAUUUCCGAGUUAUUAGAAGAUACAUGCUAGCUUGUUAGCUUCAACCUGUGCUCUUACGUAGUGAACUUUUAACAGCAACCAUUUUGCAGCUCUUUCCCUCCAUUUGUUGGUGGAAAAUAAUGCAAAAUAAGCGCAUUUAAAUGUCAUUUGAAAGCCUUUUAGAAAUAAUCAUCAUAUAUUAUCAUUAAGUGUAAAAAGAACGGCCGUAAUGACGAUACGAGUUAGCUUCCGGUGGGUCGUUUUGAAUACCUUUCUUCGCUUGGUGUCCUUAAAACUGGUGCUUGACGACAACACUCGUGGAUUUAAAAAGGAGAAAAGCAACGGAUAUAAAACGACAUCCUCAUUUUCAUUCUGCCUUAGAUCCAAACUGCGACGACCGCUGCCAAAGUGAGGACAAACCUUUACCUGACUUUUAAGUGUCUCAGCUGAACAUUUUGAAUUGGAGUUCAAUGCGUUAAGUGCCAGCAAAAUCACAUUAGAUAGCCAAACUGUUUGUUAAUGAUGCCGAGUGUGUUUACAAUGUGGCAAGAAAUCUGAGCUCCUCUUGUAUACAUGUACAUAAGAUGAUAAUUAAAAGCAUGUAUUUGAACAAAGUGUACAAAAUAACUGUUUAAAUUGUGAACCAUUUUGCCAUGUAUGUAAUGUGACAUAUGGAGACAGACCAAAUAUGUAAUAGUCAUUCAAUCAAUCGUGUGAUGUAAUGGUGUAAUACAUUUUUUUACAUAAAAUAUUUAUGAAGGUA